UGUGAAUGUGUGUGUGUGGGUCGGGGGUGGUCUUCUGUCAGAGUCAGUGACGUUGAAGCGUGUCUGACAUCUGAGCUGCUCUCGUAUCAGAGUAGAAUCUCACAGACGGAGACACAGAAGCUGCUCUGCACUGAGUCUCCACAGAGUGUCAGUUGAUUUCUGCUGUGGAUCAGUGUGCGUAUGGAGAGGCAGGCGGUGCAACGGGCCAGAGAGGCCUUCCAGAGCGGCCGGACGCGACCUCUGGAGUUCAGACUGCAGCAGCUCCACGCUCUGCAGAGGAUGAUCACCGAGAAGGAGACGGAGAUCGCCACCGCCCUGAAGCAGGACAUCAACAGGAGCCAGUACGACACGCCGCUGCUGGAGCUCAUCGGCAUAGAGAAUGAGAUCAAACUGGCCAUUGACAGGAUGGCGCAGUGGGCAGCUCCUCGUCCAGUGGAGAAGAAUGUUCUGACUAUAUCAGACGAGGUUUAUAUUCAGCCAGAGCCACUGGGAGUGGUGCUCAUUAUUGGAGCGUGGAACUACCCCUGGGCCCUCACACUGUUGCCACUAGUUGGAGCUAUAGCUGCCGGCAACGCAGCUGUGGUGAAGCCGUCCGAGCUGAGCGAGUAUUCUUCUCUGCUGCUGCGGGCGCUGCUGUCACGUUAUCUGGACAAGGAGCUGUACCCAGUGGUCACAGGUGGCGUGGCAGAGACCCAGGACCUGCUGAGGCUGAGGUUCGACCACGUUUUCUUCACAGGCGGCAGCACGACUGGUAAACUGGUGAUGGAGGCCGCAGCUCAACACCUAACGCCAGUCACACUGGAGCUGGGGGGGAAGAGUCCCUGUUACAUCGACAAGGACUGUGAGAUCAGAGUCGCCUGCCGCCGUAUAACGUGGGGAAAGUUCGUCAACUGUGGUCAGACGUGCAUCGCUCCGGACUACAUCCUGUGUGAACCCAGCAUCCAGAGCCAGGUGGUGGACUGCAUCAGACUGACGCUGCUGGAGUUCUACGGUGCCGAUCCGAAAUGCUCGCCAGAUUACGGCCGCAUCAUCAACCAGCGUCAUUUCAACAGAAUAAUGAGUCUAAUGGAGGGCUACACUCCUGUGGUGGGUGGGCAGAGUGACAGCUCCCAGUGCUACAUAGCCCCCACAGUGCUGAAGGACGUGCCCCCCCACUCCAGAUUGAUGCAGGAGGAGAUCUUUGGUCCCGUGCUGCCCAUUGUGACUGUGAGUGACAUGGACGACGCCAUUCGGUUCGUUAAUGAGCGGGAGAAACCUCUGGCCUUGUACAUCUUCUGUAAUGACAAAAAAGCUGUAAAAAGGAUGAUUGAGGAAACGACAAGUGGAGGAGUGACAGUCAACGAUGUCAUGAUGCACUACACGCUCAGCUCGCUGCCGUUUGGAGGCGUAGGGCACAGUGGUAUGGGCCGCUACCAUGGCAAACACACCUUUGACCAGCUCAGCCACCAGAGGGCGUGUCUGAUCCGCUCUCUGAAGAUGGAGAGCGUCAACCUAGCCAGGUACCCUCCCCAGGACCGACGACGGGCACGAAGGUCACGUAUGGCCCUCAAGUCCCCCCUGAUUGACAUGUCCAAGAGGACACUUAUCUGGGCAAUCUCAGCCACCGUUAUUGGCUUUGGGCUCUUGGUCGCCCUGGUGGUCAUCCUCCUCAUUGCAGCAGGCCUCAACUGUACAUGUUGGUACUGGAGAGGAUUUUAUAACUACUUCUAGACACUGUAAAAACAACUGCAGGUUCCUGCGUCCUGCACCAACACCGUGGUCAACACAAAGUCAAUCCCCCCCCCCCCCCCCCCAGAUCCCCAAAAAGACUAACUUUCAAAUCCAGAGUGUUUGAAUUUGUAUCUGAUAAAACACAAUUCCUCUCCUGUAAAUAGAGAAAUCAUAUGUACACCUUCAGUGAAAUUAAGCCUUUUCAAGUCUUUCUUUUUUUAUUCAGAAAUAAAAAUUAUUGUUAAAUGUUUUAAAAUUAUUUUGUAAAAUCCCAUUCUUCCCAUCCCAUCUUUUUUAUAGUUUAGUUCAGACAACGUCGUCUUAUCAGUAUUUUUUUGCACCGUUUGUCUCAUUAAAAACAAAAACAAACAAAAUGUCCCUUGUCAUAUUUUAGUUCCCAAUCGUAGGCGCAGGUUAAAUAAAUAGCCACUAGGUGGCAGCAAACAGCUGAUAUAAAUUCAAACGGUCAGCCAAUUGUCUGAUAAAAGCAACUAAUUUUAAUAAACCUAGAGAAGUAUUACAGUACUGCAGCAGGGACAUUUACUAUCUGUCUAUAUUUUUUUGUCUUUUAUUCUCUUUUUUAUUCUAUAAAACCAGUACAUGGCGUUAUUUAUAACCAGCGUGCAGUUUUCAAUG